GCUCACUGUGGUCGAGCUGUCGCUAAACGUUUCCGGCUGACGGAAACAGCCGUUGGCUUUGCAAACACAGCUUCUUUCCCAAGAUGAUAGUCCCUGUAGCUUGUCAUGUGGCAUAUAGAAAAGUCCCCUCCCUGUGUUACAGGUUCUGUUCCACCUACAUCAGGAGAAUGAGAUACAUGUUUGAGCUAAAAGAAGACGAUGAUGCUUGUAGACAAGCCUAUAAUGCAGGAUCUUUCUUCCUGUUUCACAAUCUCUCCCCCUUCUUACAGCAAAAAGGAAAAAUACUCUUGGCGCCAAAGAUAAAUGCAGCAGAAGUUAAAAGGAUCCUUGUGAAGUUCAGUCAGAGUGAAGAGCGGAUGGAGGACUCCAUGCUUGUUGGCUGUUCAGACGAGUGUACCCCAUACUUUGCUUUGGACCUAGGAUCUUUGGAGAGGGCCACCAUUGAAUCUGAACUUGGUGGAUCAUUUGCAGAUUUACGGAAAGCAUUUUUCCAGUUAGAAGAGGAAUAUGCAACGCUGAUUUCCUCGGCUCAGGCUCUCCUUCGCUGGCAUAACAACAACCAGUAUUGUGGAAAAACUGGGCAGCCCACCAAGAAGAACCUGGCUGGGAGCAAACGGGUCUGCCACAGCAGUGAAAUCAUCUAUUACCCACAGAUGUCUCCAGUGGUUAUUACUUUGGUGUCUGAUGGAAGUCGGUGUCUUCUUGUACGGCAAGAGUCAUUUCCUAGAGGGAUGUACAGUGCUCUGUCUGGCUUCUGUGAUGUGGGUGAGACUCUGGAAGAGACAGUCAAACGGGAAGUGGCUGAAGAGGUGGGAUUAGAAAUCGAGUCUCUCUGGUAUUCUGCUUCUCAGCACUGGCCAUUCCCGAACAGCUCGUUAAUGAUUGGUUGUCAUGCCAUGGUGUGUCCACAACAGAGCAAGAUCAGUAUCAAUAGACAGGAACUAGAAGCUGCCAAGUGGUUCAGCCUUGAGGAGGUGGAACAAGCCCUUAGAAGGGAACCAAAGCCUUCCCAAGAAAGGGAUAACAGCCUCUCCUUUUGGGUGCCACCUAAGCAAGCCAUCGCCCACAGGUUGAUUCAGGAGUGGGUUAAGAAGCAGGCCGUCAUACGUGCUUAGUGACAACAAUUCAGCCUUUGGUUCCCAGUUGGGAACCACUGCUCUGGGAUAGAUCCUGGAAGAUGAUAUCACCUGAAAGAGGAUUACACACCCAGUAACUGAACAGUGCUGCCUUCCCCAACAUCCCCGAAGGAACACUCCUAUGUUAAUGAAGAGGACCAGGUCAUCUGUUAAAACUGCCUCUGUUUGCUAAGCAUGCUUUCUUCCCUGGAUCUAUUGUCAGUGAAUUGUGUUUGAUUUCCUGUAAUAUGAUCUAUUUUGCAAUCAGUGAAGCGGUACCAGUGUCUUGGAGCUAUGUCUACCUGGCAAAUACCCUAGAAUUGCAAUUUAUGGUGAAAGCCAAUUUGGUUGGGAGUGUCAGAUUUAUCUGUUGCACAACUUCCUCACGGAAGAAUAACGAUUAUGGGCCAAACCAAAGUAUGAUUAACCUAAACGUUGCUUCCUUUCCAGCACUGGUUGCAACCUGAACUGUACAGAUGGAUGAAUUUUUUAGUAGCCCAAUGAACUCAUUAAAAAUAUAUGUGGCCCAUUUGCUCAAUCUUACUGCUGCUUUUCACUGAACGCGUUGACUUUCUGGCCAGAUCCACCCCAUCCAUUUGAAUCUAGAGAAAGCAGAUUCAGGUUGCAUAAUUUUGGGUAGAUUGCUCUCAUCUUAAAUAAUUAAAAAUUGAAUAAAAAUCUUGUUGGUCUGAUGCUCCAAGGGAUUCAGGACCCAAAUUGAGUAGUGGAGGAGGAGGAUAUGAUGCCGUUCUUUAUUAGAGGAAAGUUUGGUUAAUUGGUUAAUCAAUAUUUGAUUAAAGAUUAGGAAUUUGCCCAGUUUAUUUAUAUACUGUGAGACAGUGUAAAUGCUAGGUUCAGCCUAAUUUUGGUACACUUUUUUCCCUUUCCACUUUUGAGUAGAUAAUAGACAGUGCCUAAGAAAACGGAUUAAGUGUGUGGGAAUCUGAAUCUUUUCCCCAACCUAACGGGGGGGGGCUUUAAACUUAAUUCCCCCAGAGAUACUAAUUGUAUUAAUUCAGUUUUUAUAUAGCUAACAAUAAGACAUCCAUUCAGUGAGCUGAGCAAGCAGGUCUACUCGGAAUCCUGUUCAGGUCUAUUAAUAGGGCUUGCUUUCAGGAAAGUGUUCUUAGGAUUGUACUAUUA